GGUCGGAUGACUCACACCUCGCACUGCGCGAGACAACCUAACCUAAUCCAGCCUCAAAUGGCUACAACUGUGUUCGAAAUUUUAGCAUUUUUGUGUCGACAGAUAACAUUGUAUUUCGUAUAUCGGAAUUAUUAUACAACAUAUCGAAUAAAAAAUGCCAGGUGACGGAAACACAAUUGGAAGUUGAACGAUACGAUAGUACGAGGUAAAGCGUGAAGCAUUUGAAGGUUACCACAUUUACUACGCGUAUCAACGAUGAUGUUUUCGAAAAAUGUCAAGACAACAUUAUUACGUGGCCCGAAAAAGUUGAGCAAAUCUUUCAUGUUUGAGGCUGCGACGUAUUGGGCGGAAGAAGGACAACGCGUCGUUUACAUUACUCCGGUGCCACUGGAUAAACGACCGGAUGCCUGUCACGACAGAAAGAAUCCAACAGUCGCGGCACUCAAACUAAUGAGAUUCGUAUACUUGUCGGAUUACGAAGCUCUCGUGGAGCAACUUUUUAAAUUGCAUACCUAUGCGGCCGUACCUUCCGUGCUUUUGAUAGACGACUUGCACGAUUACCUUCGAAACGAGACUUCUGAUAACAUGGACGAUUCGACACGCAUCGCCAGGAUUUACGCCUCGAUACUUCAUUCGAUUAAGUCGUGUUCACGAAUUUUGAAAAAGAACGUACAUGUGUGCGCAUGGGACAGCUCGACAUUCACCAAUAACUCCAUUCAAACAAUGUACUUUCGCAAUAUUUGGAAUUUGACGGAAAAAGAAGAUGGAAAAGUGAUAUCGGUGGACAGGUUUUCUAUUACAUUAGGACGAUCCUUCGAACAAUCAUAUAUAUAUCACAAAUUCCAAGACGGGACGCGCGUUCUUCAACAAAUAUUAUGCGAUUUAGUGGAGAUUUAAUAAUAUUUCUGUAAAUAAUUAUCUCGUGCCUUUCAUCUUGGAAAAUAAAAAUUUGGAAUAAAAGUUCUGAA